GGGUGCCGGCCGCGGGCGGCCAUGAGCUCGGAGCAGCGGCGCGGCUGGGCCCGGGGCGGCGAUGGCGGCCCCGCCGCCUCCUCCUCCUCCGCCUCGGCCGGCGGGCGCGGGGGGCGUGGCGGCGGCGGCGGCGGCCGGGGGCGGCACCCCAGCCACCUGAAGGGCCGCGAGAUCGGGCUGUGGUACGCGCGGAAGCAGGGCCAGAGGAGCAAGGAGACGGACCGGCAGCAGCGGGCCGUGGUGCGGAUGGACGAGCGCCGGGAGGAGCAGAUCGCGCAGCUGCUGACGGCCGUGCAGAGCAGGAGCGAGAAGGAGCCCGACGCCAUGUCCUGGUGGUCCGGGGACGAGGACGGAAAUACUCCAGAACAGCCCGCAAAAUUGAAACCAGAAGCUGAAAAAGCUCCUAUCAAGCAGCGACCAGUCUUGGAAAAAACAUUCCUUGAUCGGGAUGUGGAAUAUCUAUUUGAAAAAAAUCAGCAAGAUACCGAUUUAGAUGAGCAACUUAAAGAAGAUUUAAGAAAGAAGAAAUCUGAUCCUAGAUAUAUUGAAAUGCAGAGGUUCCGAGAGAAACUCCCUUCGUAUGGGAUGAGACAGGAACUUGUAAACCUUAUAAACAAUAAUCGAGUAACUGUGAUAAGUGGCGAAACCGGCUGUGGAAAGACCACACAAGUCACGCAGUUCAUCUUGGAUGACUACAUAGAGCGAGGGAAAGGGUCUACCUGCAGGAUUGUUUGUACUCAGCCUAGGAGGAUCAGUGCUAUCUCGGUGGCUGAGAGAGUUGCUGCUGAAAGGGCAGAAGCAUGCGGUAAUGGCAAGAGUACAGGAUACCAGAUUCGUCUUCAGAGUCGGUUACCGAGGAAACAAGGUUCAAUUUUAUACUGUACCACAGGAAUUGUCCUACAGUGGCUCCAGUCAGAUAAGCAUUUGUCCAGUAUUAGUCAUGUAGUCCUUGAUGAAAUUCAUGAAAGAAAUCUUCAAUCAGAUGUUUUAAUGAGCAUUAUUAAAGAUCUUUUGAAUGUCCGUUUGGAUCUGAAAGUAAUACUAAUGAGCGCUACUUUAAACGCAGAGAAGUUUUCUGAAUAUUUUGAUAAUUGCCCAAUGGUUCACAUACCCGGGUUCACUUUCCCAGUGGUGGAGUAUCUUCUUGAAGAUGUAAUUGAGAAGUUGAGGUAUAUGCCAGAAAACACAGACCGUCGGCCACGGUGGAAGAAAGGCUUCAUGCAAGGGCAUAUAAGCAGACCGGAAAAAGAAGAAAAAGAGGAAAUCUACAGGGAACGGUGGCCAGAAUACUUAAGGCAGCUGCGGGGCAGGUAUUCCGCAAGUACUAUAGAUGCCUUGGAAAUGAUGGACGAUGACAAGGUUGAUCUUGACCUUAUAGCGGCACUUAUCAGACACAUUGUGUUGGAAGAAGAGGAUGGUGCAAUUCUAGUGUUUCUUCCAGGAUGGGACAACAUUAGCACUUUGCAUGAUCUCUUGAUGUCACAAGUCAUGUUUAAGUCAGAUAGGUUUAUUAUCAUACCUUUACAUUCAUUGAUGCCUACUGUUAACCAGACUCAGGUGUUUAAGAAGACCCCGCCAGGAGUAAGGAAAAUCGUGAUUGCUACCAACAUUGCAGAGACUAGCAUUACAAUAGAUGACGUGGUGUUCGUUAUAGAUGGUGGAAAGAUAAAGGAAACACACUUUGAUACCCAGAACAACAUCAGCACAAUGGCAGCAGAGUGGGUUAGUAAAGCUAAUGCCAAGCAAAGGAAAGGUCGAGCAGGAAGAGUUCAGCCAGGUCACUGUUACCAUCUAUACAAUGGGCUCCGUGCUAGCCUUCUAGAUGAUUAUCAACUACCUGAGAUCUUGAGGACACCUUUGGAAGAACUUUGCUUGCAAAUCAAGAUUCUAAAGCUUGGAGGAAUUGCUUAUUUUCUCAGCAAACUAAUGGAUCCACCAUCUCGUGAUGCUGUAAUGUUGGCUAUAAAUCAUCUGAUGGAGCUGAAUGCUUUGGACAGACAAGAGGAACUGACUCCACUAGGUGUACAUUUAGCACGAUUACCAGUUGAACCACAUAUCGGAAAAAUGAUUCUCUUUGGAGCUUUAUUCUGUUGCUUGGAUCCAGUCCUUACGAUUGCAGCAAGCCUCAGCUUCAAAGACCCUUUUGUCAUUCCUUUGGGCAAAGAGAAAGUAGCAGAUGCAAGAAGAAAGGAACUUUCAAAGAACACAAAAAGUGAUCAUCUGACAGUGGUGAAUGCUUUCACAGGCUGGGAAGAGACUCGGCGCCGUGGAUUCAGAACUGAGAAAGACUAUUGCUGGGAAUAUUUCCUGUCUUCAAAUACGCUCCAGAUGCUGCAUAACAUGAAAGGACAAUUUGCUGAGCAUCUCCUUGCAGCUGGAUUUGUGAAUAGCAGAGACCCCAAGGAUCCCAAAUCUAAUACCAACUCAGAUAAUGAGAAGUUGCUCAAAGCAGUCAUCUGUGCUGGUUUAUAUCCAAAAGUUGCAAAGAUUCGGCCAAGCUUUAGCAAAAAGAGAAAAAUGGUGAAAGUUUGCACCAAGACAGAUGGAACAGUUAAUAUUCAUCCUAAAUCUGUUAAUGUGGAAGAGACAGAGUUCCAUUAUAACUGGCUUGUGUACCAUUUGAAGAUGAGAACUAGCAGUAUUUACUUAUAUGAUUGUACAGAAGUCUCUCCGUACUGCCUCUUGUUCUUUGGAGGAGAUAUAUCCAUUCAGAAGGAUAAAGAUCAGGAUACCAUUGCUGUGGAUGAAUGGAUUGUUUUCCAGUCUCCAGCUAGAAUAGCACAGUUAGUUAAGAACUUAAGACAAGAGCUCGAUGAUCUUCUACAGGAAAAAAUAGAAAACCCACACCCGGUGGACUGGAAUGAUACUACAUCCAGGGAUACAGCAGUACUGACCGCUAUUAUAGACUUAAUCACAACACAGGAGAAUGAAAGUGCCAGAAACUAUGCUCCACGGUUUCAGAACGAGCGCUAUAGUUGACACGCUUUCAUCUGUGUUGGUAAAGCUGACAUAUUCACUUAUUUUGUUUCGUUGUUUUUUUUUAUAGCAUUUAUUUAGCUAGAGGGAAAAACUCUUUUAGGGCAAGCAGGUAAUUCCCUCGUACUGAAGAGCAGUUAUUUCAAAAUAGUUGGUAAUAUCUGUAUAUGCAUGGUAUUCUGUGUUCAUGAUAGCUUUUUAAAUAAGGAAACAAUGCAUUGUUAGCAAUGUUAAUUGGUGUAUGUAUUGUCCUUCCUCAGAGUCCUCUAAAACUGUAGCUUUUUUUUUUUUAAAUAUUUGUUACCAGAUUUGGGGGGUGGGGAAGGGAAAGAAGCUAAAGUACGGCUUAAUUGUGCUUAAACUGUUCUUGCUAUUGGUAAAAACAUCUCAAAAGAUUUUUUUUUUCUUGGGGGUGGGGAGUAAUUAUUGUGUUGUUGCAGCAGUUUUCUCACCAACAUUUUCACAGAAGGUAAUGAUAGCUUAAUUAAACUAACUUGAAAACGUAUGUUGUUGAAUUUGUGCUGUGGGAGGAAAGUCUUCAGAAAUACUCUCACCUUCUUCCAUUCAUCCCAUUCAGUUCAUCUUUCUUCACUUUCUGUACCCAUCUAUCAUCAGUACCGAUGGAAAAAUUUAGACUAUAGGAGCUUCAUGGUUAUAAAAACUGAUGGUGGAAUACACUUUAAGGGUUCAUUGUAUUCUAAUUUUUUUAAGCAAUCCAUGUAUAUAGUGUUACAUUAAAAUACUUUUCUUUAAAGUGUUAUUUCAUCUGCUCUUAGUUCUUAAUGUUUUGAAUGCUUCCAGAUAUCUAAGACCAUUUGAUGAAUUAUGCUUAUUUUAGCAUUUCAAGCAGGAUAUUUGAGAGAACUAGUCUGGUCAGACCUGUGGAAGUGUGCCAGACCUGCUCUUCCCUUUAACCCCUGGGGCUGGAUUUGUGCUCGCCUGGGGCUGGGGGAAGAUCGAAAUUUAGCUGAAAGUGAUGGGUGGGUGUUAAACUAGGGCCUGAGUAGUGCCAGCAGUUUAGUUGGCAGCCACCUAUUACCUUCUGUUUGCUCUGCAGACAUAGCUACAUUAUUUCCAGGUUUAUCUUGUAGGAAUAAAGCCUUUGCUUCUCAUUUUAAUGUUCUGCAAAUGUAACCAACUUUCAGUUUUUAGAGGCUUUAUUUUUUUCCCUUCUGCUUGACAGAAAUCAUCCCUGUGGCCUUUCUUGUCCACCUGAAUCAUGGGCUCAGAAGGAUUUAUUCAUUUUAUUCGUGUUACCCUGAAGAAAACAGGACUAAAACGGGGGCACAGCUUCCUGUCAGUUAAUCCAGCGUCAGCUGUAUUUAUCUAUGGUGUAUAAGGAGCGCCACCACUCUGAUCCAGCAUACCUGUUUUUUAUACAACAGUCAGUUUGUGACUAGGCUGUGCUCUCUGUUGGGUUAAAAAGGCGCAGAGAAGGCCAGGCUUGUUUUCGGAGCACCUUCCUUCCCCUCUGAAAACCCCAGGUGGGGGAUUGCUGCUCCAACCCCAGGUGCUGGGGUGCUUGGGGUUGUUACCAGACCGAAGCAUGCUGAGGUGGUUGUGGGUUGGUGUGGUCAGAUCCUUACUUACACAGUAACAUGAUUAAUGUGUAAAUAAUGAUACGAGUUGUACUUUCCAGCUCAACUGAAAGCUUGUAGUGUAAGCAGCCGGCAUCAGGCAGGAGGGAAGGGCCUGGGGGCUGCUCUGUGGCACCUGUCCCACUGCAGCCCCGCACCUUCCCCCAGCGCCUGCAUGCCCUUACCCUGCGGGUUCUUCCCUAACGCAGAGGCGAGGGGUCCUGGGCUUGUGCUUGGUCACUGCUCCAACCUCCUGUGUACAGGUGUGUCUGUGAGGGAUGGAGGACACAGUCGUGCUGUUUAUCUUUACAAAACAGGAAGAAAACAAGCAAACGUAAGUUACAAAACAAAUUUAACCUCUCUGACAAGAAUGACGUUAAGGAACUAUCAUUUAACAAUUUGCAGUUUAAGAAAAAUUGAAGCUUUUUUUAGUAAGGAUUUAAAAAGAUUUUAUUGAUUGUUGUCCUAUAAAAUAACUGUCUUUAAUUCCUGAAGAACUGUGUCUGAGAAUAGGAAAAAUGGCUUUUAAAACAUUAUUUGGAAAGACAAGGUAUGAAAAAAUAUAUACAGUAUUAAAAAUCUGAAUAAAAUUAAUGCCUGGAUUUAUACAUUCAGUUUUGUUAAACAUCUGCCUGUGUACAAUAAACUCUUUGUUAAAA